ACCGUUCGCCUCGUAGGAAAGUGCUACAGAAGUUUGGAGGAAAUACUGUCUUGGAGGGCUCAUUCCACAGGAUUGCAAAAAUCCAGUUGAACCUCAUUUCUGGGCGGAUGCCCGAGAGAAGGCAACACCACUCAAAUAAACAAUUGAACUGUACCAGCCAUGCAUGAGGAAAAAGACAAUCUGAGAGAGUACAUGCGGAUAAAAAAUAGCAUAGGAUCUGCCAUGGCCUACACAGUCUUGGCCAGUAACAAAGUAUUUUUUACAACUAUGCUUCGAACACCCCGCAGGCUUCUCUUCCUUCGCUUUAUAACCCUAUGGUCUGCUACUGUACAAUCAAUCAUAUUCCUUUGCAGUUUUUUGGUCCUGUAUUUUCUAUACAUGCAAACCGAACGCAGCCUAAAUUCUCGCCACCUGCAUUCGCACCGUCCCAAGACCGACAGAGGAAAACCAUCGAAAGCUUCUUUGAUCGCGCAAACCAUUCGCUCUCGCGCACUACUGUGCUAACGAAAAGAUUCUUCAGCAGCUUAUCGCCAGCCCGCCGACGAUGUCGCUGAUCCGCCGUGGCGACGUGUUCGACCCCUUCUCCCUCGACCUCUGGGACCCCUUCGACGGCUUCCCCUUCGGCUCCGGCAGCGGCAGCAUCUUCCCGCGCACCACCAGCUCCGACACCGCGUCGUUCGCCGGCACGCGCAUCGACUGGAAGGAGACUCCCGAGGCGCACGUGUUCAAGGUGGACGUGCCGGGGCUGAGGAAGGAGGAGGUGAAGGUGGAGGUGGACGACGGCAACGUGCUGCAGAUCAGCGGCGAGCGGAACAAGGAGCAGGAGGAGAAGACCGACACCUGGCACCGCGUGGAGCGCAGCAGCGGCAAGUUCCUGCGCAGGUUCAGGCUCCCGGACAACGUGAAGGCCGAGGAGAUCAAGGCGGCCAUGGAGAACGGCGUGCUCACCGUCACCGUGCCCAAGGCGGAGGCCAAGAAGCCCGAGGUCAAGCCCGUCCAGAUCACCGGCUAGAUAGAGCCUUGGGCCGUCGGGCGUAGCUGCUUCUGCUCAGAAUAGUGCCUCUGGUGGUGAGAGUCCCAAUAAAACAAGCUUGGAUAUGUGGGUGUUGGGUUUGAGUCUCGUACCUCGUAGUGUUGCGUCGAAUGCUGGGUUCUUCAGUUUGGUGUACCGUAGUUGAUGGUUUGUGUGUGAGCGGUGCGCGCAGUAUGAGUGUCGUGUUUGCGCAUGGCUCGAAAGUGUAGUGUUUGUUGUAUUUGAGCAGAGCCAGAGGAGCAGCAUUCUCUAUGUGGGGUGUCUAUUACUCUGUUCCAACU